AUGCCUUGCAAGCAGCUCUGGGUGCGGAGCUCCCGGGAGAUUGACACCUCCGAAAUGCCUGAGCGCAUUACUCGAAUGACACCGGCGGCACAGCCACCGGCUACCGAGAAGAGAAAGGACGCCAAGUUGCGUGCCUCCCUGCGCAGGCUGCUGGGCAGCCACAAAUUCACAGCGCUUGUGAUCUGCAUCAUCUCCAUCAACGUCAGCUCCCCGGCUGUGAAGACCAACUACCGCUGCCGGCUGUGCUGGGGCACCUUGUUCGAGGUCGCAGAUGUCUUCUUCAUCACUGUUUACACCACCAAGCUUUUGCUGAAGCUGUACGUGGCUCCCAUCACCUACUGGAAGACCGGCUACAACAUCUUGGAUGCCACCAUCCUCCUCCUCACCUUCCUCCCGCACGUCUUGCCUGUGGACAUCACCACGUGCACCCACCUGGAGGGGACAAACCAAAGAUCUCCAGACCCUCCGCAUCCCAAAACUGGAGACACUGAAAACUGGGGCAGCUUGAAGGCUGCCCUCUUCACGCUCUUCAGUUUAAUAACCGAAAGUACAGUUGAUGGUUGGACAGACUUACAGUGCGAGAUGGAUCAUUAUGGGUUUACAAGCAGCCACGUGUUCAUAGUUGUGUUCAUCUUGUUGGGCAACUUCAUCUUCUUCAAUAUGUUGAUUGCACUUGUGAUUACCAAAACCCAGGUCAUGCGAGCUGUGUGCAUUGAGUGUGCAUGCGUGUGCGAGUGCGUGUGGCUGUGUGACUUGACUCAGAAGUACGAACAGGACUGCAAAGCAGUGAAGAAGGCUGCUGUUUGGGCCAAGAAACAGAAGAUCCUGAAAAAACAGGGGAAGAAUGUGAACGACCUAGGUGACAGUCCCAAGUGUCACCUCCUGCUCGCUAACAGCGUUUUCUUCCUGGGCUUGUUCUUCACAGCACAAAAUCACUCAGGUGAAGAUUUCGGAGAGCCGCUGGAUGACAUCAAAAAGACUUUGUGCCACUCUGAUAUCAUCAUUAUGGAGAGCUUUUACUUCACCAUCCCAUUUAUUGAUCUGUAUUUGCCGUUCCUGGACCUCUGGGAUGACACAUUGAACAG